AUGCUCAUCUUCUCGGCGUUCAAGACCCUCACGGGCCAGCAGGUGACAAUCGAGCUCAAAAACGACCUGGCAAUCCAGGGUACCCUCAAGAGCGUCGACCAGUUCCUCAACUUCAAGAUUGACAACAUCCGCGUCCUCGACGAGGCGAGGUACCCGCACAUGGCAGCAGUCAAGUCCGCAUUCAUCCGCGGAUCAGUGGUGCGGUACGUCCACAUCCCCGCCGCAGCUGUCGACACGCAGCUCCUCGAGGACGCCACGCGAAGAGAGGCGGCGACACAGUCCAAGCGGUGA